GCUCGCUGGUGGCGGUAAAAAACUACGAGCCCCAGCAGGCCGUGCGGUGCGCGCUCAGGGAGGCGUAGGGUGGAGAGUCGGGCAGUGUCCGCGGGGAGGCAGCACUGACCCCGCUUUGCCCAACGGAGGAUCAAUGGGGAAGAGGUAUUUCUGUGACUACUGUGACCGAUCCUUUCAAGACAAUCUUCACAACAGGAAGAAGCACCUGAACGGGGUGCAGCACCUGAGGGCCAAGAAGGCCUGGUAUGACCUGUUCCGAGAUGCUGCUGCUGUCCUGCUGGAGGAGCAAAGCAAGAAGCCCUGCAGGAAAUUUCUGCAAACAGGGCAAUGCGACUUCGGGUUCAACUGCAGGUUCUCUCACAUGACUGAGGAGGAUCUAGAGAAGCUGAACGCACAGGUACAAGAGGAAAGGAGAUCAAAGGAGGAAGGAGCAGAGGUCCCAGUUGGCACAGCAGAGGACUGGCUGGAGAAGAGAGAAAAGAGGGUGAGCUUGGCUCAGAGCAACAGUUCUCUGACGGAGAAGAUGUUGGUUUUUCAAUACCCCCCUGGCUGGCCUCCAAUACAGGACCUUCCCCCUUCCCUUCAAGCUCCACCCCCUGGAGGAUGGCCAGUCUUACCCAACCUCCAGUGGGGAUGAAGGCUGCAGGGGGCUGAGAUGCAAGAAGAAGGGGUAGAUGUGUGGAGUUAUGCCUCAUGGAGAAGAGAAGGAGUCUGGUUGCUGUAGGAUAUGUUCAGUGUUACUUCAUAUAUAUUUUUUAAAUGAAUAAAAGUCACUUGAGUCAGU